GCCCCGGCAGGCGCCAGGGCCGCGGCUCGGGUCCGCCUGAGCGCGGUCCGCCGGGGCAGGCCGCGGAGCAGCCCCCCGCCGCGGGGCCCCUCAGGCGGCGGAGCCCCGCGGGGCGGCAGGCCCGGCUGGCGAGCAGGGGCAUGGCGGCGGGCAGCGAGGCCUCCCUGCAGCGGCUGCUGCAGAGCUCGCAGGAGGCGCAGCACCGCCAAGCGGUGCUGGUGCGGAAGCUGCAGGCGAAGGUGCUGCAGUACCGGACUUGGUGUCGAGAGUUGGAGCAGCAAGUGGAAGAAGGAGGGGGAUCCCUUCCAGGCAGGUGGGAAGCCACAGAAGACCACAGCCUGGAGAGAGCACUGCUUCAGUUGGAAGGGGCACACCAAAGGUACAAGGAAGAAGUAUUCCCUCAUACUUGGUAUCCUGGAAGUGAGGCAAAAACCUGUCAGUGCUGCUUAGUCUCCCCAAGGGAAGCAGUUGGGUGUGAGAAUCUGGCAGAAGUGAACACUCUUCUGCGGGAGCACCUCGAUAAAGCAAAUGAGGUUAAUUCAGCCCUUAAAGAAGAUGUCGGAAAACUGACAGCAGAUUGGAUGAAGGCCCGGGAGGAGCUGGAAUUGAAGGAGAGCGAAUGGUGCAAUGAACGUGAGCUUUAUGACAGUUACCUAAGGGGUGAACGUAACCGUCUACUCAGCCUGUGGCGUCAGGUGGUAACCUUCCGCCGCCAUUUCCUGGAGAUGAAGACUGCCACUGACCGAGAUUUGUCAGAGCUGAAGGCAGAGCAAAUGAGGCUUUCUGGGUCUAUACUUGUAAACUGCUCCCGCCUGAACUCUGGCAUACAGCUCUGGGAGUCCGUCACUCUGGGUAGACCUGUCCUAGAGGAUCAGGCACAGCAGGAAGCAAUGCAGGAAAUAAGCCAGAAGACUUGGGAAGUGAUGUGUUUACAAGGCAAGGAGGACCUGGAGAAGAAGGAGCUUCAGGACAGGGUGGUGGAGCUCUCAGCCUUGCUUGUAUGGUCUCAGAAGCAGAAUGAGCAGAAGGAGAAGACUGUGAAAACACUUAACGACACUGUGGAGAUGCUAGAAGCAAGUCAGUUAGAGAAAGAAUAUGAAGCUUCAUUGACCAGAAGUGCCAAGGAAGAGAAUCUUUUCCUCCUAAAGCUGAUAAAGGACAUAACUGAGGUGGUGUUAGAUGACAGUGACAGCACGGUCAGCAUUAUCUGCACUGACAGUUCCCAGCACGCAGAGUCUAGCAACAUCCUCUCCUGUCUGAGUUCCACUGAUGCAGAGCGUGCCUUUGUAUUGGUUCAGGAAGCACUGGCAAGGAGGCGAGGAGCAACACAGGCCCUAAAAGAAGAGCUUUCUGCUAGGCAGGACUCUAUCAACCUCCUGCAGCACGAGCACAGACAGCAGGAAGAGAAGUGCAGGAACCUGCAGCAAAGCCUCGAGCAACUGAAGGAGGAAUGCAAGACGUCCAGCAGCCACCAGCAGCACCUCCAGUCACUGGUAGAAGCACUUAGAAGUGACUGUGCAAACCUUGAGAAAAUCAGGGAAGAGCUACAGCAACGGCUUGAAGUAGUGGAGCAAGAAGCCUCACGUCUGAGUCAACGUAACGCUGAACUGCAGCUCAAGGAAGAUUCAGCCCAGGGGAAAAAGGUGGAGCAGCAACAGACGAUGGAGAGAGUGUGUCAAGACCAUGAGCUCCUAUGGAAGGACUUGGCUGCACUGGAAGGAAAACAUUCACUAUUACAGAGUGAGUUGGUAGUCGCGAGAGAGACGCUGGAGGAAUCACACCUUCAGAGGGAUCUGCUGAAGCAAGAGAAACAUGAGCUUACAGUGGCACUGGAAAAGGCAGAGCAGUCAGUAGCAGAGUUGACAGGGGCUCAGAAUAAGCUGAGUGCUGAAAUAGCCCAUCUUCGUGUUGCAACAGCGAACAUGAGCAGUAUCAAUGAAGCUCUUGCACUGGAUAAAGUGCAGCUGAACAAGCUUGUGCUGCAGCUGGAGCAAGAGAAUGGAGUUGUGUCAGGUAAAGUGGAUGAGAUGGAGAGAGCAAGGACCUCUUACCAGGAGAAGCUGACCUUGUGUAAAAGGACAAACGAAGAGCUCUGCGCAGAGAAAGCCCACCUGGAACAGCUGCUGAAGAAAGCAGAGGAGCAACAGGAGGGGCUGCAGGUAGAGCUGAGGAUACUGGCAGAGGAGAAUGCUGAAACCCAAGAGAAACUCAGGCAGGUUUCCCGCCAGCAGGAGUCGGCUAGCAGCAGUCUGGAGCAGUUGCGCCAGGAGUCCUCUCGCCAAGGGCACACACUGGCCAGGGUGUCCAAAGAGAAGGAAUUGCUGGUGCAUGAGAAGGCUGCCCUAGAGGUGCGACUGGCAGCCGUGGAGCGGGACAGACAAGGCCUGUCAGAGCAGCUGGCAGAGGCCAGAUCAGUGAAGGAGAUCCUGGAAUCCAGCCUGUUUGAGGCUCAGCAGCACUUGUCUCAGCUGGAGAUCACCAGGAGUCAGCUAGAAAUCCAACUUCACGCAGUCACGCAGGCCAAGGAGGUGAUACAAGGGGAAGUGAAGUGCCUUCAACAGGAGCUGGAAGCAGAGAGAUCUCGAAUGAGGCAGGAAUGGGAAAGCAUGGCGCAACAGCUCUCGCAGACAGAACAGCAGUAUGACAGUACCCUCAGGCGUCGGCAAACUGAUCAUGAAGUGGAAAUAAACAAACUCCUGCAAGACCUGGCAAGCGAGCGGGAAGGGCACCGUUCAGAGCUGCAGGAGGUGCUGCAGCAGUGGGAGAAGGAGAAGGCAGAGGCAGAAAGGGAGCACAAGAAGCAGCUGUUUGAUAUGAAGCAGAAAGUUGCUACCAUGCAAGCUCAACAAGAAGAGGAACAAACCAGAGUUGAAAAUGCCAAGCAAGAGAACCUCACAGAAGAGCUGCAAGCAGAGCUGCAGGAAACUUGGGGUAAGAUCAAGGCAGUGGAGAAGAGGCACAAGGAAGAGAUCAAAACCAUCAAAGAGGAAAUGAAUAUCCUUCUUCAGGAGAGGGAUGCUCUACAAAAACAGGUGGAAGAGUUGACAUCUCAGCUAGCAGCCUCUGAAGAGUUGCUAAAGGAGGAGGCUUUGACUCUACAUCAAGAGGUGGCGUCUUUGGAAAGGGAGCUUGAGAGCACUGAGAAGCAGAGAAAGGAUGUCCUGCAUGAGCGGGACAGACUGCAAGCAGUUAGAGAAAAACUGGUAUGGGAGCUAAAACUUCUUCAGGAAUCAGUCGCAGCCUCUGAAGCCCGAGCAAAUACAGCAACAGAUAUGAAUCACUGCCUUGAACAAGAACUUCAAACUACACUGUCUAUCUUAAAAAUUAAAAAUGAGGAAGUAGAAACACAGUGGGAGAAAAUCCAGAUGCUCCAGAGAGAGGCAGCCCAAGGAAAAGCUUUGCAGGAGAAUCUGACUCAUAUGACUGCCACCCUUUCAGAGAGGGAGGGAGAAAUGAAGUUGUACCAGGAACAGAUGAGAAUGCUGGAAGAGCAGGAAGAAAUGCAUAAAGCUACUCUUGAUCAGGUUAUUAAGGACAUAAGAGAGAAAAAACAGAAGAUGGAAUCCCAGCAAGAACAGAUACGGGAACUGGAGAAGCAGCGAGAAUUGCAGAGGAUUGCUCUAAGCAAAAUGAGCCAAGACCUGGAAGGGAAAGACCGGGAGAUCAGAUCCCAGCAAGAACUGAUAGGGGAGCUGGAGAAGCAGCGAGAAUUGCAGAGGACUGCUGUGUGCAAGAUGAGCAAAGAGCUGGAGGAGAGAGACCAGGAGAUCAAAUUCCAGGAGGAGAAAAUACUGAUUCUAGAACAAGACAGUGCAUCCCAAGUGAGAAAUCUGCUUGUGGAUCUUGAUCAUAUGAAAGGAAGCUUGAAGGAGAAAAACGCAGAGCUAAUGUCUCUGACUCAGCAGAUCCGAGAACUGGAAAAGGAGAGAGAACAGGUGAAAUCUCUGCACACAAGCCUUGAACACCUGCGGGCAGUUCUUAAGGAGAGAGAGAGUGAGUGUGACUCUCAAAGGGAUCAGUUAAGACUCCUCCAGCAGUGCAAGGAACAGCAAGAGGAGCACCUGCAAGAGCUUUGUGGUCAAGUAGAAAAGAUGACGCUAUCUGUAUCUAGAAAAGCUCAAGAGCUUGAGUCACAAAAAAAGCAAAUCCAGGAAGCUGAAGAAGUCAUGGAAAUGCAGUUAAGGACUGUCCGUGACCAACUGGAGCAGACCUUAGAAAGCGUAAAAGAAAAGGACAGACUCAUAGACAUCCAAAAGCAACAAACACGGAACUAUGAGGAAAAAACAGAAGAACGGAUGAAUGUCUUACACAGAGACUUAGAACACACUAAGGCAAUACUGAAAGAAAAGGAUUUAAUGAUUGAAUCCCAGAAGGAGGUGAUUGAGACCUUCCAAAAACAAGAACAAGAUUCUGAACAGCAGAAGGAAAUUGUGCAGCAUCUUCAAGCGGCACUAAAGGAACAAGAGCAAGAAAUUUUAUCCCUUAGAAAGCAACAUGAGGCAUGCAAGGAAAAGGAGGAAAAGCAUGAAGCUGAGCAAACAAAUCUUCAGGCAACAAAACUGACUUUGAAAGAGAGAGAAAAAAAGAUAGAGGUUCUGGAGGAGGCUAUCUCUAAGCUUCAACAGCAAAAGGAAGAGGCUGCAAUGCAAACUAAAGCCAUACUGCAAAAACUAGAAUACACUGAAUCUUCUCUAGAAGCUAGAGAUCAAGAGAUAGUGUCUUUGCAAGAGCAGGUCAAGGACCUUCAAGAGCAGAAGGAGUUAGAAGGCAAGCAGGCCAAGAGUCUACAGCAGGAUCUGGACAAAAUGAGGCAAAUAUUGAAGGAGAACUGUUUGGAGUUCCUCAAGCAGACAGAGCAUAUGAACGUGUUCCGGCUUUGUGAAGAAAGCAUGGCAGUAGCACUAACAUCAUGCCAGAAGCAAGUGAACCUGCUUGAGGAUGUGGUGAGGAAGAGAGAUGAAGACAAUGAAACUCCCAUGCAAAAACCACAGCACCAGGAAGAAGUGAAGACCUUGAAGAAUCUCCAGCUCAGGCUAACUGGGAAGAACAAAGAGGUUAGACAGCACAGAGAGCAAGAGGAGCUCCUGGAAGAAGCUUUGCCUGAGAAGGAACGAGAGACUAAGGCUCAAGGUGAGCAAAAAGAGUUAGAAGAGGAAAUAAGAGCUCUUCGGGAAGGUCUCCAGCGCGUUCAGCAGACUCUGACAAAGAAGGAUGAAGAGAUCGAGUUCCAGAGAGACAGAGUCAGGUAUUUAGAGGAGACUCUGACAGGGAGAGAACAAGAGCUUAAGAGGCAGAGUGAACUUCUGAAACAAUUAACGUCUGCUUUGCCAUGGAAGGAUGGAGGGGACGCUCUACAGAAGCAAAUCCAGAAACUCCAAAAUUGGGAGGAAGAGGAAGCAGAGAAGAGGAGAGUUCUCCAGGAGAGAGACCGUGCCUUGCAAAGGCAGAAGGAGCUAACCCAACAGCUGGAAGAUGAGCGGAAAGCAAAGGGGGAAGAAUUGGAGCGUGUGAUUGCUAUUUUGAAGCAGACUGAGAGCGGAGAAAUUGAAUGGAAAGAGAAGGCACAAUCACUGACUCUUGCCCUUACCCAGAGUGAAAUGGCCAAUGGGACUCUGAGGGAAGAAAUAGCCAUCCUGCAGAGUAUGGUUUCAGAGAGGGACACAGACCGGUCUCAUCGUCAGCAGGCUAUUGCAGAAGGGGAGCAGCUAUCAUGGCUCUCAGAGAAGAAACUUCUGUUUCAGCGGCUGCAGUGUCUGCAGCAAGCAGUUGCAAGGCUGGAACAUGAGAAGACUGACCUGAAGCAACUCAGUGAUGAGCUCAGGAGGACUCUUGAGCAGGUGGAACGUGAACGGAGGAGACUGAAGAGAUAUUGUCAUGGUCGGUCACUGCCAGAUGCACGUGGAUUUUCUCUCUCAGAGUCUGACCAGCACAAGAUGCCUGCUUCUAGACAGGAGGAGUCUCACGGGCACUGCAGUCAUCGAUUAGCUGAGUUGCAGAACCAGGUGUCCCUUCUGCAGACGCAGCUGGCACAAGAACGAAAAUACAAGCAGGACUAUAUUGAGUGCUGUGCAAAGACCAGCCAGGAGCUGUCAGACCUUCACGAAGAGCUGUCUUACUCCUUAGCAGCUGUGGUCAGGGAGCCCAAAGCUGCUGUUCUGGAAGCAGAGACUCGGAAGCUGGAUCGGUCUCUGAACCUUAACUUGGCACUAAUAUCUCUGGACCGUCAGUCUCCUGAGAGACAGCCAUUGUACUCAACAGCCAUAUCUGACCGAAGUGAUGACCUGAGGUAACAGGACGAGCGUAAAGCAAAAGGCCUCAGUAGGAGCCAAGCUGAGGACCUGCUGUAGCAGGCGAACUGUGUCAAGGGGCUCGGUUCAAGCUGUGAAUCUCAAAGAAAGACAAAAGUUCAGAGCACAGUGUUCACUGCAGGUUCUCCAGCAGAAGCAGUGGUGGGACAAAACUGGUGCUGUCUUGUGUAAAUGAGGUCAGUCGUAGGCCUGGAAAAGCAGCAUGAACCUGAUGAGGAGGUAAACUAUCUUCCUUUUCCAAAGCACUCCAUCACAGCAUGCCUCAUCAGCCUCCACACAGCCCUCCACGUUAGGUUGUUCCUGUCAGUUUCUCUACUGUAUACAAAGACUUUUUCUCUAGUUCUAUUUCUUCAAUACACUUAUUUCUCUAAAACACUGCAUGGGUUCUGAACAGAAAUUUCCUUGCAAUGAUGUCCCGUUGCUCCUCUGCUUUCUUCAGCAGCUGUUCCAGGUGGGCUUUCUCUGCGCAGAGCUCUUCGUUUGUCCUUUUACACAAGGUCAGCUUCUCCUGGUAAGAGGUCCUUGCUCUCUCCAUCUCAUCCACUUUACCUGACACAACUCCAUUCUCUUGCUCCAGCUACAAUCACAGAAGCACAGAGGAAAUAAAAUAGAGUAAGAUUUACUCUGCAGGAGGUUUGGCUUGGCCGCAAAAUGGAACGACGUUUCCAUCUUCAGUCAGUCAUGCUGCCAGAAGGCAAGAAGUCUCAGAAGAAGCAGCAGCUGGAGACAAACACCUGGCAAGAUCUUUGGCAACGCUGCUCACCUGCAGCACAAGCUUGUUCAGCUGCACUUUAUCCAGUGCAAGAGCUUCAUUGAUACUGCUCAUGUUCGCUGUUGCAACACGAAGAUGGGCUAUUUCAGCACUCAGCUUAUUCUGAGCCCCUGUCAACUCUGCUACUGACUGCUCUGCCUGAAGAGAAGAAAAGAGAACAAUUUCUGUUGACCCAAGAUGUGGAAUGAAUAGCAACGCAUGAUAAAUCAUCUAAUAAUGCUGAAAACUAAGAUAAAAUACAAAAUCUAUGCUGCAGAAAUACCGCUAGUAAUAAAGUCCUCGGCCUCCAAUGGUUGGCUGAGAACAUAGCAUCUCCUUACUUGUGAACCAGCCAAGAGGGAAAGCACGGGAGAAGUCUUGUAUCUAGGAAGGACAACAGGGGUUAAACUUGAGUGUUCCAGUUAGGUAUGCUAGAAACAUGAAUAUGGAUGGAUAAAAAUUGAAUUAGCCUAGCAGAGCAUGACCUCUCCCUUCAGUUGUCUGAAGAUAGAAAACCACCCUCCCUCAGUUUCCAAAUUAUGUUUCCUUGGGGGCCUGGGGAUUAUGAGAAACCAAAAGGAAUGCAAAGGUGUAUUUAAUGACUGUGCAGAAAAACUUGCAUCUACAUCUAGGUUGGGUAUAUACGUGUAAACAUGUUUAUAUUUUCCUGUAGAGGAACAGCUGCAGCAUCCUGGCUUCCUGUCUUGAGCCCUUCCCAGAAACGUAUUAUGUUUUGCUGUGGGAUAUGGGGGUGCAUUGUUUCCGCUUGCAGGCGGAAGCAUUGCCUAGUGCCAGUGAUUUUUAAAUUAUUUUUUUUUUUAAUAAAUGAAAUUCUGCAGGA